CAGGUCUGUGCCACUAUUUUCAUGUGUGUAUAGCACCUCAGCACGUUCCUUGGUUUUUCUUUUUCUUCUUCUGUAUUUUUCUUGUUUGUUUAUAGCAUCAUCAGUUUUGACUUCUUUGAGGCCAAACAAUUCUAAAGGACAGAAGUAGGGGGUUGGUUACCUGGGAAAGGUGAAAUGACGAGGUUGCCACUUGGGUCGUCGCCGAUUGACAUCGCCGGUCCGACGACCAACUGGUGGGACCAGAUCAAUGAGUCCGUUCAGUGGCAAGAUGGGAUUUUUUACUCUCUUUGUGCUUCCUAUGCUCUUGUCUCAGCCGUUGCCCUUAUUCAAUUAAUAAGGAUCGAAUUGAGGGUACCCGAGUAUGGUUGGACAACACAAAAGGUUUUCCAUCUGAUGAACUUUGUUGUAAAUGGAGUUCGUGCAAUUGUCUUUGGAUUUCACAAACAAGUGUUUCUCUUCCAUCCUAAGGUGCUGAGUCUGGCAAUAUUGGACCUACCAGGGCUCCUUUUCUUUUCAACAUUUACUCUCCUGGUUCUAUUUUGGGCUGAGAUAUAUCACCAGGCUAGGAGUUUACCAACAGAUAAACUCAGAAUUUCUUAUAUUUCAAUAAAUGGUGCGAUAUACUUCAUUCAGGCAUGUAUCUGGGUUUACCUCUGGUCCAAUGACAAUAGCACUGUGGAAUUCAUUGGGAAGAUAUUUAUAGCAGUUGUAUCAUUUAUUGCAGCAUUGGGCUUUCUGCUCUAUGGUGGAAGGUUGUUUCUCAUGCUGCGCCGCUUUCCUAUUGAAUCUAAAGGGAGGAGAAAGAAGCUUCAUGAGGUUGGAUCUGUGACUGCCAUAUGUUUCACUUGUUUCCUCAUUAGCUGCUUUGUGGUUGUGUUAUCUGCUUUUGAUCCUGACGCAUCUCUUGAUGUCUUGGACCAUCCUGUUCUGAAUCUGAUAUACUACCUGCUGGUAGAAAUUCUUCCUUCAGCACUUGUGCUAUACAUCCUGCGAAAAUUGCCUCCAAAAAGAGUAUCUGCACAAUACCACCCAAUCAGUUAGCUGCAGCAGACUUUUAUCGUCAGUCCUACACUUUCAUAUGGUUGCAGGUGCAGAAGCUAAGUGGAGUUCUGCAGGAAAAGUGGAGCUGCGAAAAGGAUCCAGGUGCAUUAAUUUUGUAGAAAGGCCAAUGAUAUCAACUCUUUCCCCAGUUGUUGAACAAAGCUUAAGCUGUUUUACCUACAUUGUAUUGUUUCUGUGGUUGUGGCGUGAAGCAUCAGACGAAUCGUUAACAUUUUGGUUAUUAAUUGUUCUACAAGUUUGUGAAAAGUAUCGAAGUCCUGAAGUAAUGAUGCAACAGGGUUGCCUCAAUGUCAUCUUUUGUACUGUUUCAUUCUAACUGUGAUGUUCUGUAUUUGAGCAUUUCCUAUACUGUAAGAUCGCACGGAUGUAACUUUCACCAUUUGAAUAAUGGCAAUGCCCUGAGUAGUGACUAUUUACCUA